AUGGCACAACCUAUGCGCAGUACGCGUGAAUUCAUGACUAGAAUCGACAAACUGCAAGAAGACCUCGUCCGUCGCUUUCAAAAGCUCCUCGAACUCUCUGCUGUGAACAGAAAAGACCGCAGCGUGACCGCUGUCACCGAAUACCAAAUCAAAACCGAGACGAGCGCACUGAUCAAGACUGCUGAAGAUGUCCAAACCUUGAUCCGGCAGCUUCAGGAGAUGUGGCUCUUUGGCCAGCUCAAUACCCUCGGCGAGAGCAAAGUCCAACAACAGACCGACGAGAAUGCCAAGGUCGUUGCAGAUCUUCUCAAGCAGCUCACGGAGAAGCAAGUUGCUGGAGAGCAGGCCGCGAGUGCUGCUGGGUGA